AUGGGUGAGAUCAACGAAGAGAAGCAUGAUAUCUCGGUCACCGAGGGGGCUAAGGUGGCCACGAUGCAUGGCAUGACUGCGGAGAAGCCGGGGGCCACCACCAAGUCUGUCUUCAAUGCCGAGCUGUUCGCUGCCAUCAAUGAGACCAAGAUCGAGAGAUGGAGCAAGACCAGUAUCCACCUAUAUUGCGCAGUCUGUAUAUUCGUCUCCUUCUGCUGUGCCUGCGCCAAUGGCUAUGACGGCUCGCUCAUGGGCGCCGUCUUCGCCAUGGACCACUACCAGGCCACCUUCAACACCGGCAUGACCGGCCAGAAGGUCUCUGUCGUCACCUCGCUCUACACAGUUGGCUCAAUGGUUGCAACUCCCUUUUCAGCUGUUAUUUCCGACAAUUUCGGCCGUCGCAAGUGCAUGUUCGUAGGCGGAUGGGUGAUUAUCAUUGGAUCUAUCGUCAUCGCAACGGCAAGCACCCUCGCUCAUUUCAUCGUCGGUCGUUUCAUUCUCGGUUUCGGCAUCCAGAUUAUGGUCGUGUCCGCCCCGGCCUACGCGGCAGAGAUUUCGCCCCCUCACUGGCGCGGUCGUGCAGUCGGCUUGUAUAACUGCGGCUGGUUCGGUGGCUCUAUCCCCGCCGCGUGCGUGACCUACGGAUGCAACUACAUUGACAGCAACUGGUCAUGGCGCGUGCCUUUCUUGUUGCAGUGCUUCGCCUCAGUUAUCGUCAUCAUCUCCGUCUGGUUCAUCCCUGAGUCCCCCCGUUGGCUCAUCGCCCACGGCAAGGAGGAAGAGGCGAUCGCCAUCCUGGCCAAAUACCACGGCAAUGGCGACCCCAACGCUCGACUAGUGCGUCUAGAGGCUGAUGAGAUGCGUGAAGGUAUUCGCCAGGACGGUAUCGACAAGAGAUGGUGGGAUUACCGUCCCUUCCUCCUUUCCCACAACGGCCGCUGGCGAUUUGCCCAGGUCAUCAUGAUCUCCAUCUUCGGUCAAUGGUCCGGUAACGGUCUCGGAUACUUCAACCCGGCCAUCUACGAGGCCCUCGGCUACACCUCCAGCUCCAUGCAGCUCUUGCUCAACCUCGUCAACUCGAUCGUGGGUGCAAUCGGUGCUUUGACAGCUGUGUACUAUUGCGACAGGAUGCCCAGACGAACUGUGCUUGUAUGGGGAACACUCGGCUGCGCCAUUUGCAUGGCCGUCAACGCUGGCGUUUCCCAGCCUCUGAUCCCGCAGCGUAACGCAGGCGAAACCCUCGACCCGACCUUCGGCCGAACCGCGCUCGCCUUCUACUACCUCUUCCAGGUUGUCUUCUCCUUCACCUACACUCCUCUCCAGGGUGUUGUCCCUGCCGAAGCCCUGGAGACUACCACGCGCGCCAAGGGUCUCGCUCUGUCGGGAUUCCUGGUCAGCGGAACAAGCUUCAUUUCACAAUAUGCGUCGCCGAUCGCGCUGGGCAAUAUCUCGACCAAUUACUUCUGGAUUUUUGUAGGCUGGGAUGUUGUGGAAACAGCUUGCUGGUACCUCUUUGGUGUCGAGGCCCAGGGCCGUACCCUCGAAGAACUCGAGUACAUUUACAACCAGCCCUACCCAGUCAAGGCGUCCAAGAAGCGCGACCGCGUUGUUGUCCAGCAGGACGGCCACGUUACCGAGAAGAUCUCAGCGGAUGAGGCUUAG